AUGGAAGAUUGCUUAAAACACUUAGAACCUCGAGUUACAAGGGAGGAAAAUGACAAACUGCUCAGACCAUUUAGCAAGGAGGAGAUUGAAGAAGCCAUUACAAUUGGAGAUGAUGUGUGUGCAGCUGUUCUUGACCAUCUCAAUGGUAUAAUUCCUUUCCAACCUGUCAAUUUUACUUUUAUUGCUCUAAUUCCAAAGAAGAAGGACCCAAAAGUUAUUAUCACUGAAAAUAUAAUGAUUGCCUACGAGGUUUUGCAUACCAUGAAGGUGGGGAAGAAGGGUAAGAAAGGAAGCAUGGCCAUUAAGCUUGACAAGUCAAAACCUUAUGAUAGGAUAGAGUGGCCUUUUGUGAAAGCAGUAAUGAAAAGACUUGGCUUCUGUGAUGCUUGGAUAGAGCUAGUCAUGAGCUAUUUGAGUGGGAAUACUAAAGGGGUUAUUGUGGUGAGAGGAGGAAGUAGAGUAAAUCAUCUGCUGUUUGCAGACGACUGCAUUUUAUUUGGGAGGGCUUGUGCGGAGGAAUGGAAGAGGUUGCAAGAGUUGUUGUUGAGUCAGGGAUCUUAUUCUAAGAGAAGGGGGUCUUUGGUCCAAGGCAGUUAUGAAAAAUACCUUGGUUUACCAACCAUGGUUGGUAAAUCAAAGUAUAACACUUUUAGAUGUCUCAAGGAAAGGGUGUGGCAGAAGAUCAACAGCUGGAAGAAUUAUUUUCUAUCAGGGGUAGGGAAGGAGGUGUUGAUCAAGGCAGUUCCUCAAGCAAUUCCCUCUUACACAAUGAGUGUGUUUAAGCUUCCCAAAAAGCUUUGCAAGGAGAUCAAUAUUAUGCUGUCCAAAUUCUGGUGGGGUAAUGGGAUACAUUGGAGGAGCUGGGAAAAAAUGGGGGUAGCUAAGGGCAAGGGAGGUUUGGGUUUUAGAGAUUUGGCUAGUUUCAAUUUAGCACUCCUUGCUAAACAGGCAUGGAGAUUGUUGCAAAGCCCUCAAUCUUUGGUUGCCAAGAUUUUCAAAGAAAAAUACCAUAAGAACACCUCUAUCAUAGUAGCUAAAUUGGGGAAUGCUCCUUCUCUGAUAUGGAGGAGUGUUUGGAACUCAUUGGGAUUACUAAAGGAAGGGCUGAGGUGGAAAGUUGGGGAUGGUGUGAAAAUCAACAUUUGGGGUCAAAAGUGGUUGUUAUCCCCCUCAACCUAUUGUGUUCAAUCCCCCAUCUCGAUACUGGAUGCAAAUUCAAAAGUCAGAGAUCUAAUUGAUGAGGAUUCAAAGGAUUGGAAUGAAGGCCUUAUCGGGUCUAUUUUUAAUAAAAAAGAAGCUGCUCAUGCAGGAAACAACCUUCUUGCUACUAGAGGAAACAUAUUUACAAAAAAAGUUAUUGAGAACCCCUUAUGCCCCAUCUAUUUGAAAGAAGAGGAGACUGUCAUGCAUGUUCUCUGGCUUUGCCCAGCAGCUAGUGAUGUGUGGGCUGAGUCUCACAAAGCAACUCAGAAAUGGAGUAUUAUGGAAACUGAUCUGCUUAAGCUGUGGGAGGGUUUGGAAAGGAAGCUUAACAAAAUUGAGCUAGAGGAAGUUGCAGUCAUAAUGAGGGGAUUGUGGAUGAGAAGGAACAAUUUUAUUUUUGAUAACAAAUUUAUGAACCUGAGCAGCAUUAUCAGAUCUGCAAGAGAAUCCUUGGAAGAAUACCACUUAGCAGAUGAGGGACUAGCAGUUUCAAGUAGAGGAGGGGUCAGUCGAGUAGAAGUCAUCCAGAAAUGA